UUGUUCACAUUCAAGGUUGCCCAAUCUAGUAACUUCUCUGACUCGGAUUUGAACUUGAUAGGUUUAGGACGACGCAUUACGUUCUUUGCAUGCGCCCUUUCAGAAGAGACUGCGUGAGGAGAUUGUGAAAAGUAUCGCUCGUCCUUGUUGGAGAAAUGGCAGUAAAACGUGCAUUACUUAUUUUGGCUAAAGGUGCUGAGGAGAUGGAAGCUGUCAUCCCCACGGACGUCAUGCGUCGGGCUGGAAUCCAGGUGACUGUGGCUGGAUUAACUGGGAAGGAACCUGUGCUGUGUAGCCGUGAUGUAAUGAUCUGCCCAGAUGCCAGUUUAGAAGAUGCAAAGAAGGCGGGCCCUUAUGAUGUUGUGUUUCUGCCUGGAGGUGGAGUAGGAGCUCAAAAUCUUUGUGAGUCUGCAGCUGUAAAGGAGAUCCUAACUGAGCAGCAUGAGAGAAAGGGCCUGAUAGCAGCAAUCUGUGCAGGUCCCACUGCACUCUUGGCCCAUGGCAUAGGUUAUGGAAGCAAAGUCACCACUCAUCCUUUGAUGAAGGACAAAAUGAUGGUUGGAGGUCAUUACACCUACUCGGAAUCUAGGGUUGUCAAGGAUGGGAACAUCAUCACCAGCCGUGGUCCUGGUACAAGCUUUGAAUGUGCACUAGCCAUCGUGGAGACCUUAAUGGGCAAAGAAGUCUCAGACAAAGUCAAGGCACCCCUUGUUCUUGAUUUUUAAUGCUUGCUUUUUAUGAGCAUGAUUGAAAAAACACUUAAUCACCUUUACAUUGCAAGGAUUGACUGCAUGGAAAGCCCCUGCUGUUUUUGGAGUAUGGGUGGCUGAAUAUUCAGUAGGAAACUGGAAAUUUAGUCAUACACUGAAAUUUAGAUCCAUUUCCCAAAAGCUUUGACUCCUGUUUGUUUUCAGAACAGAUUGAGGUAAACUUUAUUUGUAAAUUGUCUUUAAGUGUGUUUUACUGUAUAUGGAGGUUUAUGGUCCUGCAAUUCACACCCCCAAAUUCUGCAGUACUGCUUUAAUGUGUAGCCUCUUGUAUUAAGACAGACUGUUCUAAUUACACUUUCACAGAGGUGGUAGCAGCACUUGGUUCCAUGCUUUAUAAGUAUGUUGUUGUAAGUCAGUAGUUUCAUGUUAUGUUCACCUUCAGUCUUUGUCAUUUUUUGCUUUAUCUGGAUUGCUGUUUAUCAUGGGAGAGACCUGUCUGUUUCCUUGUCAUUCUGCAUCUCUGUAAAAGGAAUUAUUGCAUUGCAAUAAAAAUGCAGUGAAGCGCA